AUGCUUCGUAACCCUGCCAGUCCGCUAACCCGCACACCAGCAGCCUUGGCCGGCGCUCACAGAUGGCGAGAGUCGAUAGGGCGGGUGUUGAUGGCCGCGCUCCCGCCAUUCAACUUUCUCACCCUGCACUAUGUGUACUUUAUCGCCACCUGCUUGACUAGCAGUGUCAUUUUUUAUCUGACCUCGACCCCGUGGAAGAGUGUCCCCUAUGUGGACGCAAUAUUCUUGUGCGUGAGUGCGAUGACCGGAGCGGGCUUGAACACGGUGGACCUCUCGACCCUGAACAGCUUCCAGCAAGCCAUCUUGUUUAUUCUCCUGAUUCUCGGCUCGGCAAUCCUCAUCUCCAGUACCGUACUGAUGGUGCGCAAGCGAGCAUUCGAGGCCCGCUUGAAUCGCGUCUCUGACGAGCGGGAAGCCCCGCACCACGCACCUGCGUUGGAGAUGCAGAGCGAAUCCCCAAAAGCCACGGGGGAUGCGGACUCAUCCGCCCAUGACGUUGAGAAUCACGGCGCCAUGUCGCGGCCCAAGAGUGCCGUCAGCAUCCCAGAGGCUCAUGGUGGCGUCUCCGCCAGUAGUAAUCAGAUUCAAUGGGUGGAUGAUGAUCAGAUCACCAUCGGUGGCACGUCCCGGCAUCGCCAGCAUCGGGUCUUCCCUAUGGCAGGUGUAGGAGCCCGGCCAGACCUCGAUAAUCACCCUCGAAACAUCCCUACCCUGCCUCUGUAUGCCGAUGAUGAAUCUGGGCUCGGGAUCAAAGGGAUCAUCCGCGGCACGCAGAAAUACUUCUCCUCCAAGGGGAAGAUCUCGCGCAACUCUCAGUUCUAUGGUCUGACGUCCGCCGAGAGAGAGAAACUGGGCGGUGUCGAGUACAAGGCCGUCUCCUUCUUGUCGGUGAUCGUCUCGCUGUACUUUGUCCUGUUCCUUCUUCUCGGCGUCAUCGGCGUGGGUGGAUGGCUUCAAGCCAAUCACCCCGAACUUUCACGUGCGAAUGGCCUCUCGCCGUUCUGGACUGGUGCUUUCUUCGCAGUGUCGGCGUUUGUGAAUAGCGGCAUGUCACUCUUGGAUCAGAACAUGGUUGCCUUGCAGCUGAAUGCCUAUCCGCUUAUCACCAUGGGAAUGCUCAUUCUUGCUGGAAACACCCUCUAUCCCUGCUUCCUGCGCUUCAUCAUCUGGAGUAUGCGCAAACUGCUGCCGAGCACCAAGCCGUGGGAGUCGUGGCGAGUGACUUUGGAUUUCAUUUUGGACCACCCGCGAAGGGUCUAUACUAACUUAUUCCCUGCUCGUCAUACGUGGUACCUACUUGCCACUAUUAUCAUCUUAAACGGCAUUGACUGGGCUGCUUUUGAGCUUUUAUCCAUUGGCAACCAAGAGAUCGAAUCUCUUCCGACAGGGUACCGGGUCCUGGAUGGUCUCUUCCAAGCAUUGGCUGUUCGCGCUGGUGGAUUCUAUGUCGUCACAAUUGCCGAUUUGAAGCAAGGCCUUCUUGUUCUUUAUGUUCUGAUGAUGUAUGUCUCUGCAUACCCAGUGCUAGUGACUAUCCGAAACACAAACGUAUACGAAGAACGCUCUCUGGGCAUCUACACUGAAGACGAAACCGAUGAGCCAGCCCACACUAGCCGCACCAAUGUGCUCAUGGAUCUCAUCCGACACCAUAUGGGCCGUCCCAGCGGCUCCGAGUCCUCGCGCGGCUACUUUGUGCACCAGCAACUGCGCUCCCAGCUCAGCCACGAUUUGUGGUGGAUCGCGCUCGCCGUGUUCUUCAUUGCGAUCGCCGAGGCCGACCACUACAACGCGGAUCCUGUCGCCUUCAGCACCUUCAACAUCAUCUUCGAGGUGGUGACCGCGUACGGCUGUGUCGGCGUGAGCGUCGGCUUCCCGGGCAAGAACUACUCAUUCAGUGGCGCAUGGCACCCCAUCAGCAAGUUGAUUCUAGCUGCAGUCAUGCUGCGCGGCCGCCAUCGCGGCCUCCCGGUUGCCAUCGACCAAGCGAUUAUGCUGCCGAGCGACUCGCUGGCCUGGGCCGAGGAAGAAGAUGCUGUGCUGCGGAGACAGAAGACGCGGGCGAAGACUUGGGCGUGA